AAGGAGAGGAUAGACAGCGGGCUCGUCUCUCCCUCAGACAGAGCUGGAAGGAAAGCAAAGGGGAAUGAGAGAGCGAAGCAAGAGGAGGAGAGGAAGACAAUGAAGGAGUGCCAUUGUUCAGCCCUGCCGUUCUGCUGUUUCACAUUCAGCUGAGACGGAGAAGAGAGGAGGAGGACAAGCUGAGGAGAGGAUAGAUGGAGAGGAUAUGAGAUCUGGCAAUGACUUAGUGAUUUAAACGAGUGGAAGAGAGGAGAGAGCGAGGGUGUUUAAACAUGAAUAUGGUUCUGAUGUGAAUAUGGAGCUCUGUUAACACCAUGCUACGGAUAAUCACCUCUACUCUGUCUAACCCAAAAUAAGGAACAAUUGUUUUACAUUUUUGAAGCAAAGGAGGAGUUCUCAAGAAUUUAUUCACAAUUCAAAGCAACAAAACAUUUUUUUUUGUAGUAAAAUAAACAAUUAUAGGUGGAAAAAAACCUGCUCUGCAGAUUACUAUACAAUCACCACCUUUGUCGUUACUUACCUAACAGUUAGGACUGUACAGGAAAACAUUCAGGAUGUUGUUAUGCAAUUUUUUUCUAAAGUGUUAGCUAUUGUGAUUAGUAAAGUUUAUUGAUAUUAAUAUUGACUAUCAUAUAUGAAAGUAUUUCAUCCUCUGAAGCAAAAUAUGUUGUGUUAAUCCAUGUGUCCUAGCCAGAGUCUGGAAUCAGCCAGGUUGGGAUGUCAACAUUGAUUUGGUUUUAUGGCCGGUGCGACGUGGGCCAAACUUUGAUCAUUUCCAGAGUGGUAUUGAUCCCUCCAGGAGUCUCUGGCUGGCCGACUGGCUGUGGUUUCUAUAGUUAGAUGUUAAAGACCGUAAUUGGUCAGUCUCAGCUCUGCUUAGCUGCUCCUAGGCUCUGAUUUGUGGAAGCAGUCUGUUAUCUCAUUGUCUGAGAUGUUUCUGCCGCUGUCAGGAUUUCUCAAUAUAGAUCCUGAGCAGGCUUCUCUUCUAAUGUUUGUUGCCACGGCAACUUGCAUCCGCUGCAGUCGGAGACAGACUGAGAUGUAAACCAGGAGAAACAGUCCAGACUACUGGUGGGGUGGUGACGACCAGGAGAAACAGUCUAGACUACUGGUGGGGUGUUAGUGUGUAGAACCUCUAACCUAUUUAUGUAAAUGUAGGCUCUGUCUAGAAUUCUAGACUGAAAUUGAUGCAGUAUUCUUGCUGGUUUGCCAUGAGGUAUAUCUCUCAUUCUCUCUCUUCAACUUCUGCCGUGCCAUCUUUGCUGGUAACUAGCGUCCUGACCGGGACAGGUGGUAUACCAAGCCGAUGUCAGAAAUUAUUAAUCUGGAUUAUAAUCAGAUAAUUCGACAUGUGGACAUAUCAUUCACUUUGUACAGCUGUGGAACUGUGUAGUCUUAACUGGUAUCAUCAACUGUGUUGUUUAUGUGUUGGUGUAGUGGUGACUUUCUCUACUUGUGUGUUUUCUAUCUGUGUGUAGGAGAAUCAGGACAUCUGUUCAGGUAGAGGGCGCUGUACUCUGCACUCGUCUGACCUACACUGUGUUUUAUUCUGUGCACUAACAUCUGGCAGGGCGAGGGUUAAACCUGCUGUACUAGCAUUUACUAGUGUUAACCAACGGGUCACUUAGCAAACAUAGGUUAUGUUUGUGACAUCUCGUCACUGUUAGCGACUGGUUCUGUCUGUUGCUAGCGUUGCAUUGCGUUCAAUUGUGAAACGCUAGCAACUCUAUACGUUCAUCUGUUUUGACAUUUAUAUUUUAGUCAUUUAGUAGACACUCUUUCCCAGAUUGAUUUAGAGUUGUGAGUGCAUACUUGCUCGUACUGGUCCCCUGUAGGAAUCAAACCCACAACCCUGGCGUUGCAAGCCUAAUGCUCCACCAGGUGAGCCACAUGGGACACGUUGUCUACAGCCACUAAUUGACCGUCGCGAUCUGACCAUCUAGCCUGCAUUUAGCAUUCCACUGGUAGUGCUACAGCACUAGGACAAAUAGACAUUUAGAGCAUAGACUAUAAUGGAAGACUUUUGUAGUUAUGCGAAGACAGUUAGGCUGUGUUAAGAGCCUGCCGUAGGCUGUCGUAAGACCUUAAUAGCCCUUCAUAGCCCCUACAUAGCACUUCAUAGCUAAUCCCAGUCUGUAUCCUGAUGUGUUCUAGUGCUCUCUGUCUGGGAGGAGACGUUAGCUAGCGAGUGCUGUGUCAGGCUCUGUAGACAGACCCUCUGGUGCUAGACUGGUGUGAUCGAGCGAGCGUCCCUCUGUCUGUUGCUAGGCAGCCAAAAUCAAACGGCUAGCUGGUAGCCCUCUGCUUCCAAACAUACAGGGCUUUAGCCGUUAGCGCUUGUUGUUGAAAGGCAACUUUCUCUGGUAUCAUCGUGUAACUCUUGGUGCCAAAUUGUCAAUCUGUUACAAAGUUUUAUCUCAGUGGGUCAAACCUGGCAGAGUAAUGGUUAGAACAUGUGUAAAGUGCUGGGAACAACACUGAUAUGUGAGCUGACAAGCCCCUGGAGUUAUAUUCCAGGUUCAACCUCCACUAUUCAGUCCUGUGAGCUGACAAGCCCCUGGAGUUAUAUUCCAGGUUCAACCUCCACUAUUCAGUCCUGUGAGCUGACAAGCCCCUGGAGUUAUAUGCCAGGUUCAACCUCCACUAUUCAGUCCUGUGAGCUGACAAGCCCCUGGAGUUAUAUGCCAGGUUCAACCUCCACUAUUCAGUCCUGUGAGCUGACAAGCCCCUGGAGUUAUAUUCCAGGUUCAACCAACACUAUUCAGUCCUGUGAGCUGACAAGCCCCUGGAGUUAUAUUCCAGGUUCAACCUCCACUAUUCAGUCCUGUGAGCUGUGUCUUGCGGCUGGAGACUGUUCAUGUUAGACAUCUUUAGUUUUCUCUUUGGAUGGACUAUGCAGAUUGUUCGGAUUGUAGUUAGCUCAGUGUUUCUAGUUAGGUUAGUACUGGACCGUACUGUGCAGUGUUAAGAAAUACACAUGCUUCUCCCAGGUAACUGACUAUUGGCUUGGCUUGUUUAAACAAGACUGUUUCUGUGGAAUCGAUAAGGAGAGAGAGAGAGAGGGGAGGGAGGUUUAAUUAAGUGUAAUGACUGGGUGAGGGAGUUCUCUAACAAGCCUCCAGUACCAUUCAGGUCUCAUUAUCAUCAAAACAAUCGCACCAGUGGUGUCAUCAGCCAAUGACCUACAUUCUCUCUUGUUACAUCAUGACUGUGUGUGUCACUGUUUCUGUAACCAGAAAGAGGCAACUUCUCCAACUCUAGCACUUCUGAUGCUAUGGUGCUCCAGAACGUAUCCACUCUAACCAGGGCAGCAAUGUUCUAGAACAGCUCUACCUACGGUUUUAGCCAUAUCAGAAACUUCAGUCAGGGACAAGCCCAGCAUCUGGUCUUUUCUUAUCUAGUGGUGUCUGUUACUAGGUUAUGUGCAUUGUAUAGACUCUGGCUGUAGUUACAGAGUGAGUGUGGAGAGAGACAGACAAUCUUUGAAGUAGAGGGACUGUUUAAGAGGACAGUCUGGAGAACGGGAAAGGAGACGAGGAGGGGGGAGAGGGGGAGCGAGAGAUCAUUUGGAAGAGAAGGCAGGAAGUGGUGGAGCGAGAGAAGGCGGAAGUGCAGCGGCUACUGAGGGAGGCACAGAAAACAGUGUGGAGGAGGAGAGAGGGAUUCCAGGAGAUGAUAGGAGAGGACAAGCUGAGGGGAGAGAGAAGCGCAGAGAGAGGGAUAGAGACUGUACAGGAGGUGAUCUGGAGGAAGAGAGAGGAAGAGGGGGAGAAAGCCAAGGCCAUCCAGAGAGGACACGAGACCAUCUGGAGGAAGAGAGAGGGGGAGUGAGGAAAAGGGAGAGGGAGUGAAAGAGUACAGAGGAGGAAGAGUUCAAUUACUUAUGAGUAUUCUCCAGCAGCCUUGGAACCUGAAAAACAAAACUGCUCACAGUAGAGAAAGAGGGAUAAAGAGAGAGAGGAAUAAAAAGCAGGAGGGAUAGAGAGAUUUUACCUGACAGAAUUGGUGUCUGGCCAUAGAUCAGCAGGUCUUAACAGAACUUUGCUAUUUUAAACUCUGCAGAUAAUCUUACUCUGUUGUAUCAACCCGUGUGUGUGUCCCUUCUUAUCUACUCGUUGGCAGCUGAUAGAGUUUUUAUGGGCCCGUGUCAGGCAAGAGAGGCUAGUGAGCUACUGCCCCGACAGACACGCUGAAACGCGCACACACACACCACAGACUCACACACUCUGUGCCAUUUACAGGCAGUAGAGUAGGUUUCUACUCCAACACAUGCUAACACACACAGACACAUGAGGGUAGGCCCCUUGAUGCAGUAACUCAUACCACCUGAGUGUCUGUGUCAAUAGACAAUCACAUUCUGAGGUUGUAUGUGGAAUCUCCAUGGUGCUCAAAGAUGAACAACUGGACUUAAGUGCCAUGCUACAUUAGUUGACAUGCUGAUGGGCUCAAACAGCAUUUUUCAGAACAGGUGCUACAUACUUGAUCACAAAAAUCCUUUUUGAUUCUGUCUAUUGGAAAGUGGCAUUCAUUUCUGUGGAUUGAAAGUGAUAACAUAUUGUAAGACUGAUAGUGUAGACACCAAACAACUGAGUAUCACUCCAUCAGUGUGCUGGGUUAGACUCUUAGAGAGUGAUCCCCUCUGAUCUUCAAUCGCUCCUCUUGCUGCUCUCCUCUGUCUUGUAGAUGGUGUUUCUUGCACAGUGUCUGCUGCACUGCCUGACAAUGACAGGAGGAUAUAAAACAGGGCGGACGGACAGACAACGGUCACUGAGAGGGAAAGAAAGACCAGUGUGUUUUUCAGCGAGCGACUGAUAAUACAGAGAAGGAGAGAAUGAACCACCGUUGUUGUUUAGACUGAAUCACACCAGAGUGUGUGGACUUGUUAGAGAAACACUGAAAUAACAUCGAACAUCUCAGAUCCAUGAUGGAGCUGGUCCCUAAAACUAAGUACACUCACUUCCGGAGUGAAUCUCUCAGUUCGAAUGACGAUACCAACUCCAACCCUUUGUCCCUCCCCCCUUCCACCCCCGCAAUCUCCCUCACCCCUCCUGGGCUACCCUCCUCCCUCUCCUCCUCCUCUCUCACCCCCAUCCUCCCCCCUUCCUCCCCACGCCGGGCCGAGAACAGCCCCACCACGCUCUGUUCCUUCUUCCCCAGGAUGGGAGCCCUUCGCCUGGGCAUCUCUGCUACUCUACUCCCAGGCCUCAAGGUCUCCAGCAGGCCUCAGCAGGCUCAAGCCCCCAUGGGGUCUUCAGGGGGUAACAGUUCCAGCUCUCCCACUCCUCACCCCCCUCCCUGUCUAACAGCCCCCUCUCCCCUCCAUCGCUCCCCUCUGCAGGAUAUGAACCGGCUGGGUGGGGCGUCCAGGAGGGCGCGGGUGGAGGGGGGGCAGCUGGGGGGAGAUGAGUGGACACGCCACGGCUCCUUCGUCAACAAGCCCACCAGAGGAUGGCUACACUCAGAUCAUGUGGUCAGCACCACUGGGGUCGCCUACUCAGUACGGUAUAUGGGCUGUGUGGAGGUGCUACAGUCUAUGAGGGCGCUGGACUUCAACACCAGAACUCAGGUCACCAGAGAGGCUAUCUCAGUGGUGUGUGAGGCAGUGCCUGGAGCCAAAGGAGCCCAACGCAAGAGAAAGCCGUCGUCUCGCUGUAUGACGUCCAUUCUGGGGAAACGUAACCUGCAGUUUGCUGGGAUGACCAUCAGCCUGACGGUCUCUACCAGCAGCCUCAACCUGCUGGCCUCCGACUGCAAACAGAUAAUUGCAAAUCAUCACAUGCAGUCCAUCUCUUUCGCUUCUGGAGGAGACCCAGACACAGCAGAGUAUGUAGCAUACGUGGCCAAAGACCCAGUCAACCAGAGAGCGUGUCAUAUCCUGGAGUGUUCGGAGGGCUUGGCCCAGGAAGUCAUCAGUACCAUAGGGCAGGCCUUCGAACUACGCUUCAAACAGUACCUGAAGAACCCCCCCAAACUGGUCACCCCCCAUGACAGGAUGGCUCCGUUUGAUGGCUCAGCGUGGGAGGAAGAGGAAGAUGAGGGAGCACCGCCCCCUGCAGAUGUUCCGUACUAUAAUAACUUCCCCGGGAAACAACCUCCUCCUGGGGGAUUGGUGGACAUGAGGGCCCGCCCUGGGGCUACGCUGCCCUAUGGACAGCCGGGUCAGAAUGAUAUUCACAAGCAGCCGCUUCCCCCUCUACCAAUGGGAGCAAAGGAGGGAGGGCGGGACCUGUGUGAUGACCCCUCAUACGUCAAUGUGGAUAAACCCCGCCCCGCAACAGCUGCAGCCAAUGGCAAUGCUCACAGAGAUGCGUUCGACAUGAAGCCGUUUGAUGAUUCCCUGGGUGUAUCAGGUCUGGGGGUCUCAGCGGCGCCCCCUCUGGUGGAACAGUUGCAGUGCGAGGCCUGGUUCCACGGCAGCCUGAGUCGCAGGCAGGCUGAGAGACUGCUGACCCGUGACGGAGACUUCCUGGUCCGAGAGUCAGGCACCACCCCUGGACAGUACGUCCUCACUGGACAACAGGGGGGUCAGCCCAAACACCUACUACUGGUCGACCCAGAGGGAGUGGUACGUACCAAAGACCACCACUUUGAGAGUGUGAGCCACCUGAUCAGUUACCACAUGGACAACAGACUGCCCAUCGUAUCAGCAGGCAGUGAGGUGUGUCUGCAACAACCAGUGGAGCACGGGGCCUGAACACACACACACAUACAGCAUUGCAACACACACACACUCUCAGAAACACUACACACAUAAGCAGUGCUGACAACAUUAAGGAAAGCCAAAAAACACCUCUAUCACUCUUUCUGCCAAAAUCAUUUGCUCUCUGCUUUUCCUCACACCCUUCUCUCCUCCUGGACGACUCACUGUUACCUCCGUGAUCCCUCCUUCUGUUCAUCCUUCCGUCAUCGAGGUCCACUCCCUCCAUCCCUCCAAAGAACAUGGGAGUAACACCUAGGAACACUUUAUUUUCCUUCUCAUCGGGACAGAAAUGAAUACAAUUUAGUAAAAAAAUGGAGCAUUAUUAAUUAAAUCAUGUCAUUCAUUCAGAAAUGAUUAUAUCAUAGUAAAGGACUAUGCACCUUGGAGGGGAGGAGUGAAACGUAGAGAUAGGAAUGGAGGGAUGGGGGGAGAGGUCUUGAUCCAGACAUGGCAGAGGAAACAGUUUCUCUCACCGUCACAGAAGCACUCCAAAGACUUGUCUGAUGAUUGGACUCAUCAGAGAGCUCAGACAUGGAUCCUCCAAUCAAAUAUCAGUGGAACACAGGAACAGCCAAUCAAAUAUCAGUGGAACACAUGAAUAACCAAUCAUGACUGAGAUCAGGCCUCCUGUUAAUAUGCAUUGACAUUUUUGUGUCCACACCAAUCAGGGCCCUCGCUUACCAUCAAGCCACUUCCAAUAAAAUACCUUUCAUCUUUGACCAUUGACCCUGAGUGAUACCUGAUGAUGUCACGGAGGACGUCUCUGUAUGCAAAAAGGGGGUUGCUAUACCAACAACCAUUGUCUCCGUCUGUCCAAAUAUGGACAAGGUUUCUUUCCGGCCUCCGAAGGUGGAGUUUGAUAAAAGGAUGUCCGACAUCCGCCUGUCUGUCUGCAUGGGACUGGUCUCCCUGUCUGUCUGCAUGGGACUGGUCUCCCUGUCUGUCUGCAUGGGACUGGUCUCCCUGUCUGUCUGCAUGGGACUGGUCUCCCUGUCUGUCUGCAUGGGACUGGUCUCCCUGUCUGUCUGCAUGGGACAGGUCUUACCUGUCUGUCUGCAUGGGACUGGUCUUACCUUUCUGUCCUGAUCAUGACAAAGAAAGUGGGCUUGGUUGGACUGGGGCAGCAGAAACCAUGGAGAUGACUCCUACACCAACAUACAGUGUGCUAGUCUGUAUCUGUCAUGUGUACUUUCAUUGGGAGUAUAGUGUCUUUACAUAGAGAGGGAUGGAGAGAAGACUGGGAAGGGGCAGGAGGCCAGGGGGAGGUUCCACAUCUAGAGAUGUCAUCAGACCUAGACACGAUGUCAUCUGAAAGAGCUCAAAACCAAUUCUACGACGAUGUCACAGUCAACCCAAAUGCGGCUGUCAGAAUUUAAUCGGUGCUGUGUUGGAAUCGUAGUUCGGAUUAAUGCCAAUAUUUUCUUGCUUUUCAAUGGAUUUGUUGUUAAUAUCUGCUUGCCUUGACAAUCUAUGGCCAUGUCUCUGUCUGGACGGGUGGGGGGUGGAGAGGUUGGGGGGCAUACUGGAUGAAGUGUGUUUAAUGCCGAAAGCAUUCGGUCCAGAGCAUUCAAAGCAUAGAUUUUAUCUCAAAUCAAAAAUCUAAAUCAAAUCAAAUUUUAUUUAUAUAGCCCUUCGUACAUCAGCUGAUAUCUCAAAGUGCUGUACAGAAACCCAGCCUAAAACCCCAAACAGCAAGCAAUGCAGGUGUAGAAGCAUCUCCUCCCCAAAUGUGCUGCAACACUUGGUCAGGAGAUUAGCUUUUAGUGUUAGCAUUAGUGUGUGAUGUGUUUCUUGUCAGCUCAGUGCAGGGAAAACUGCAGUGUUGUUCACAACAAAAUCUGGGAGCUUGGCGAACGUUGGUCAGACGUUGGACUUUGACGUGUUGUUUUCCUUGGAAUUAGAAGAUGGUAGAGGGAGAGAAUGUGGAGGAAUCAUCCUCUCCCCCCUUCUCUUCAUGAUAUGUUUUGUAUCUUUUACUCGUGCCUUGUUUCUUCGAUGCAGUCACCUCACUCCAGUGCAGUCUGUCACCUAAUGUACUGUGCUUAUUGUACAGUCAGUUGAUGGACUUAAUCCAAAUGUAGUGGACCGUUGGAUCCUGUCACAUGGUCUCUCAGUCCAUCAAAGACUCUGCAAAAAGGACACUGACUCUCACCACCCAGGUCCAGUGAUGCCAAUCAGCUCCUCUAUUGCACAUUCAUUCUUACUUCCUGUUGUCACUUGUUGUCGUCACGGUUGCUUGAUGUCGCAGCUCUCAUUGGAGGGAUUUCCACUCCACCUGUAAAUAACAUCAGAUCUGAUUGGUUGGUUUGAGUUAUUUGUUCUGAAAUGAAAGUCUUUAUUGUUUAGAUGUUAUUAAUAACAUGGGUGGGACAGAACCAUAUACUGUAUUUCACAUGUAAUACCCACGGAAUACUUUUCUCUCUGAAUCCAAUUCAUUUUGAUUCUAGCCAAUGAACCAUGUCCAGGUUUUUGAGGGAGGCUGAAACCAAACUGUAAAUGUGGAAGUGAAGAGUAAACUGGGAUCUGCCACCUGCUGUACAAAAUAUUUCUGUCACAUCAGUAGGGUUGCAAAAUCCUGUGGUUUUCCAGAAAUCCUGGUUGGAGAAUUCACGGAAUUCCUGUUUAUUCGCUUGUGUAAUUCUAGGAUUAGUUUAACCAGGAUUUCUGGGAAACUGGGGAAUUUGGGGAAAGUUAUCUGAAUGUUGCAACUCUCGUCAUGAGAAAGGGCUCUUUGAGCCUGGACAGGUAAUUGUUUUCAUCUUUCUCAUUGUGCUUGUGUGUGUGUUGUGAGAGAGGAUGUGUGGAUGAUCAGAGUUUAUGGUUGGGUGUGUAGGGGGUUGUGUAGUUCUUACAUGGUGGCACUUGUGCUCUGUGUGUGAGGCCUUUGCUUCAUUCUGUCACAAACACACAGACUGUUAGACACAGACUGUUUAAGUGACUAUAGGUCCUGGAUAGGCAACAAGAAAACAAGUAUACAAGCCCCAAGGUGUGUGUGUAAAAGGAAUCAUCUAUCCUCUACAUAAUUUGUGAAACAUUCUAGCGUUGUCUUUGUUCAUCACAGUUGCCUUUGUUGCAUGGAAAUAAUUUUUUUACAGUUUCUAUUUUGUUGUUUUGAUGUACUUUUUCAUUUGAGUUUUGAAAGCCAAAGGGUUAUUUUCAAUUAGCCUUCACAAAUAUUGAUUUAAUUUUUUACUUUUUACAGUUCUGUUGUAAUACUCUUGUUCUUUUGGGGGGGAAAUACAUCUGUUUACACCUGUACCUGAAAUCACAGAUUGCAUAUAAAUGCAUAUGUCAUGAAUCUUUCUUGGUGAGUUUGGCUUUAAAAUGCAGUUUCUGGAUUUACA